CUUUUCAUUGUAGAAGGCAAUCGGAGAUGUGAGGCUUUGUGUUAUUGCGGCACAGCCGGGAAGAAUUGGGGAAAAUGUUUACUUUGCCCAAAUUCAUCUCCUACGUGUUGGCUUGCUUCCAACCCAGGAUAUCUGAUGCCAUUAAAAUAACGGAUGUGCACCGUUGUGCGGCUCACUGCUGUACUCCAUUAAAGCUGCAUUCUGCUCCCAUUUACCCUCAGUCCUCUGUUGUUUGGCUGGAGAGAUUAGUAUUAAGAUCAGGAGUUUUUUACAGGACUGCAAAUUAGUGUUUUGAAAAGAACUUCGUACACAAACAUUGUUUCCAGAAAAGUUGUCUGAAAUGCAGAAACUCCUGAGGCUGUUGCAGUAUGAGCCAUGGGGUAUGACGUCAAUCGGUUUCAGGGUGAGGUGGAUGAAGAUUUGAUUUGCCCAAUUUGUAGUUGGGUUUUGGAAGAACCUGUACAAGCACCACACUGUGAGCAUGCUUUCUGUAAUGCCUGCAUCACUCAGUGGUUCUCCCAGCAGCAGACCUGCCCAGUGGAUCGCAGUGUUGUUACUCUAGCCCACCUUCGACCUGUUCCCCGCAUCAUGCGGAACAUGCUGUCCAAACUUCAGAUCACCUGCGACAAUGCUAGCUAUGGCUGCACGGCUGUGGUGCGGCUUGACCAGUUGACCUCUCACCUCAACGAUUGCGAGCACAAUCCGAAGCGACCUGUGACCUGUGAGCAGGGAUGUGGAUUAGAAAUGCCUAAAGAUGAACUACCAAACCACAACUGUACCAAACACCUUCGCACGGUGGUACUUCAACAACAGGGGAAAAUCGCAGAACUGGAGAAGGCUUCAGCAGAGCAUAAACAUCAGUUGGCAGAGCAGAAACGAGACAUUCAACUUUUGAAAGCGUACAUGAGGGCUAUCCGCAGUGCAAACCCAAAUCUACAGAACUUGGAGGAAACCAUUGAGUACAAUGAGAUCCUAGAGUGGGUCAAUUCAUUGCAACCUGCUAGAGUAACCCGCUGGGGUGGCAUGAUCUCCACCCCUGAUGCAGUUCUGCAAGCAGUCAUUAAGCGGUCUCUCAUAGACAGCGGGUGCCCAAUGUCCAUAGUCAAUGAUCUCAUCGAAAACGCACACGAGAGGAACUGGCCUCAGGGCCUGGCCACUUUAGAGACGCGUCAAAUGAACCGCAGGUACUACGAGAACUAUGUAGCUAAACGAAUCCCAGGGAAGCAGGCAGUGGUGGUGAUGGCGUGUGAGAACCAACACAUGGGAGAGGACAUGAUCAUGGAACCUGGUUUGGUGAUGAUCUUUGCUCAUGGUGUGGAAGAAAUCUUUUAGAACAAACAGUGUGUUCCUUUUGGUUUGAAUGAAGUUCAUAAUGAGAAGAAAGCAAGACUUGGCCUUGCCCUAACUAGAAUAUCUUCAGUGGAAAAAGUAUUCUACAGAGUCUUCACAUCUAUUUGCAUUAUGGACUAUUUGACCAAUGGCUUUUAUGCAGCUCAAAACUGGCUUAAAGAAUGAGAGCUUGCAGCUCACAGAACACUUGUCACAACCUUUUUAAUUUAUUCUUCCAAGAUUGAAAGACUAAAGGCAAGAAGUACAAUUCUGAUGCCCAUUCCAGUGCUUGCUGCCACAUGAGAAAACUAACAUUUGUGGCACUAUUUCACCUUACUGGUAGUGGUUUGUGUUAUGCUCUGAUACCUGAUUCACAUGUUUGUUUGUUUCUUUGCCUUGUUGCAAACAGAAAAUAGUAGUGGACAAUAUUUCUAUUGUAGAAGCUGCUGCUAUACUGUGGUCGAGUGUAGAAUAUGAAAGUGUUUCUGUGAUCAUUUUGGAGGGAAAGUCUUUUCAGGUUGCUCUGUUCGAGCAGAGCUCACAGACAAACUUUAAAACAAAUAGAUUUUAGUCCUGUAUGUACUAUACGGCUUAAUAUCCACUAGAGCAAUCAAAAUGACUCUGAUUUGCUGCAAACAAAAACUGUCAACGUUCAGGCAUGAUUAAAAACGGUUUUUGCAAAACCCAAGUGGGAUGUGGGGUAAUAUGUGGAACGUGAAUAAUCACUUGAAGUGUGGUUUACUAAGUGCCCAGUCAGGGGGUGAGAUGAAUUGAAUUUGCAACUGCUACAGGGCAUUGCAAUUGCAUUCACUUUUUUUUUUUUUUUUUUGCUUUGACCCUAUACCAAUAUUAAUCACCUUUUAAUCUAAAUCCUACCUUCUUUUGGAUUUGCCUUGAACUGAAUUACUAAACUUGAUGUCAAAUGACUUCUGAACAGAGUCUUGUGCAAGAAUGGCCAAAAUUGGAGUGAUGUGCCUCCAGUGGGGGAACAACCAAAAGAUUGGCCUUUUUUAAAAAUAAAUGAUCCUGUAACUAAUCCUGCUUUUAAAAUCCUGUAAGUAUUUUAUUGUGUAAUGUAGCCAGGAUGCCAUCUUGAUUUUGAAACACUAUGUCUACAAAUACCUGAAGGUGUGUGUGUGUGUGUGUGUGUGUGUGUGUGUGUGUGUUUUCGUGUAAAUGUCAAAAGUAACCCAGCUACGUUCUCCUCUGGAUGGAUAUUGAAUGCAUGAUUGCAGGCCACAAAGUUACAAUGAAGGCUGAGCUAGCACAGGAUUGCCAAAAAAAUAUAUGAAUGAAAGGAAUCGUAGAAAGCCCAAGUAUAACAUGUACAUUUUUUAAAAAAAUGUAAUUCACUUGGCUUUGUUUCAGUGGAACUGACUGAAAUAGGUAUCAGUACUUUGGUAACUACCUAAUAUUGGACAUUUUAACUGACUUCAAAUGGGAGCUGUGCUUCCCUCCUGUCCCUGCUCCUGCUGCAAAUUAUUACAUUUUGACCCAAAGCAGCCAAGAAUGAUCAGACCAAUUGCCACUGGCAAGAGGUUUGGAAUAUGGUGCUUCAAUUCCUGACUUGAGGGGUAGGGGGGACAAUGUUGUUAAUCUAUACAUUCUAGUUAGAGUUUAUGUCUGUACAUAUUAUUUCAAUUUAAAAUCUUGCUGUUUGGGAGUUUUUUGCUUUGUCCACAAAUUGGUAAAUUCUCUCCCUCAGUAUUCAAAAUCUGAAGUUUACAAAAACCCUUGCAAGUGUGAAACACGGUUUAACCUUUUGUUAGGGUUUGAAACUGGGUCUGUGGGAUUGAUUCAGUCCUGGGCAGUUUUUUUUUUCUUAAAAGCUGAGUUCAGAUCCAGCAAAUCUUUAUCAUUGUCCCUUGUGCAGUUCCUACACCUUUCAAACUGUAGGGAAAGCUUGUCCAUAAGUC